AUUUCCCUCACCCUCACCUCACGUUGCCACCUACCCUCUCUCUCUCUCUUUGUAUUUAUUUCUCUUCCCCUUCUCUCUCGCCUUCUCGCUCUCUCCAUUCCUUUCUACAUUCAUCACCACCAUACAAACAUCCAUCGAUUGAUCGCAGAUACACAGGCAGAUUGACAAGACAGAUACAUAGAUAGAUACAUAGAUAGAAAGAAAGACAGAGGAAAGCAACAAUGCUAUCGGUUGCUAAUUCCGUCGAAAACCAGAAGCCGGCCGAGCUGUCCCAUGAAGUAGUGCUCCCUCCUCCUCCUUCCCCUCCCCAUCCCCAAAACCCAUCAUCGUCCUCCUCUUCGUCCCCCUCUUCGUCUUCGUCUUCCAGUACUACUCAUAUUUUCAAAUCAAAACUUCCCGAUAUACCCAUUCCCACCCACUUAUCGCUUCAUGACUACUGCUUUGAGAAACUGUCUGAAUUCUCCGACAGGACCUGCCUCAUCGUCGGCUCCACUGGAAAGACCUACACUUUCGCCGAGACCCACCUGAUCUCGCGGCGAGUGGCGGCUGGGCUCUCCAGCCUCGGCGUCAAGAAGGGGGACGUCGUCAUGCUCCUCCUCCAAAACUGCGCCGAGUUCGCCUUCUCCUUCACGGCCGCCUCCAUGCUCGGCGCCGUCACCACCACCGCCAACCCGUUCUACACCGCCGCCGAAGUCUUCAAGCAGUUCAACGCCUGCAAGGCGAAGCUCAUCAUCACCCAGUCCCAGUACGUCGAGAAGCUCCGCGACGCCGCCGAGAACCACCCGAAACUCGGCGAAGACUUCACAGUCGUGACCACCGACGACCCGCCGGAAAACUGCCUCCAUUUCUCCGUCCUUUCCGGAGCGAACGAAACCGAUCUCCCGGACGUUGCGAUCGACCCAGAUGACGCCGUCGCGCUGCCGUUCUCGUCCGGCACGACGGGCCUCCCGAAAGGGGUGGUCUUGACGCACAACAGCUUGAUCACCAGCGUGGCUCAGCAAGUCGACGGCGAGAACCCGAAUUUGCAUUUGAAGGAAGACGACGUCGUCUUGUGCGUGCUCCCGUUGUUUCACAUAUACUCGCUGAACUCGGUGCUGCUGUGCUCCAUGAGGGCCGGCGCCGCCGUGCUGCUGAUGCACAAGUUCGAGAUCGGGGCUCUGUUGGAGCUCAUUCAGAGGCACCGGGUGACGGUGGCUGCGGUGGUUCCGCCGCUGGUUCUGGCUCUGGCGAAGAAUCCGAUGGUGGCCGGGUUCGAUCUGAGCUCGCUUCGGCUGGUGUUGUCCGGCGCGGCUCCCCUGGGGAAGGAGCUCGAGCAGGCUCUCCGGGACCGAGUUCCCCAAGCCAUCUUCGGCCAGGGGUACGGGAUGACGGAGGCAGGGCCCGUGCUAUCGAUGUGUUUGGGGUUCGCAAAACAGCCUUUUCAGACGAAGUCCGGGUCAUGCGGCACGGUGGUGAGGAACGCCGAGCUCAAGGUGGUGGAUCCCGACACUGGCUGCUCCCUCGGCCACAACCAGCCCGGCGAGAUCUGCAUCCGCGGCCACCAAAUUAUGAAGGGUUACUUGAACGACGCCGAGGCCACGGCCAGGACCGUCGACGCCGAUGGCUGGCUCCACACCGGAGACAUCGGCUACGUGGACGACGACAACGAGGUGUUCAUAGUUGACAGAGUCAAGGAGCUCAUCAAAUUCAAAGGCUUCCAGGUGCCACCGGCUGAGCUCGAGGCCCUCCUCGUCAGCCACCCGUCCAUCGCUGAUGCGGCCGUCGUCCCGCAAAAGGAUGAGGCUGCAGGGGAAGUUCCAGUUGCAUUCGUGGUAAGAUCUGAAGAAGGGCUUACAGAAGAGGCAGUGAAAGAGUUCAUAGCAAAGCAGGUGGUGUUCUACAAGAAGCUGCACAAAGUGUACUUUGUGAAUGCCAUUCCCAAGUCUCCUUCUGGAAAGAUCCUCAGAAAGGAUCUGAGAGCCAAACUCUCAGCCCCCAUUAACUAGCAACCUAUUACUGUAAGAUUAUUUCUUCAUUUUCAGUGAUUUCAUAUGUAUUUAUAUCAUUGUUUCAUGUUCCCCCCUCCCUCUUUUGGAGGGUUUGAGUUGAAUGUGUUUUGACGACGACGAUAAUAAUGAUGAAUUGCGUAUGGAAUGAAUGUUUUGGAACAAUAGAAAAUUGUGCAUCCAUGACCAAUUUAUCAAA